CCUCACUUCCAGAGAUAAAAGGAGGAAGAAGAAGCAGUCAGUUUAGAGAGAGAAAAUAUUUAGCAGAAGAAAGAGAAGAGAAGUCUGGUGGAAGCCAUGUGCCCCACAAAGCAAAACCAAAAUCACCGGAGCUUAAUCGGAGAACCUGGCGGAAGGUGCUCGGAACACGGCGAAUCCACGACUACGGUCGAUUGGAUUUCCGAGACGAUCAACGGCGGAUCCUUACGCCCUGUCGAUCUUCACACCGGGAUAAAUGGCUGGGCCUCGCCGCCUGGCGAUUUGUUCUUUCUCCGUUCUAAGAACUACUUAACGAAACGGCAGAAAUCUCCGUCUGGUGAUUAUCUGCUUUCUCCUGCCGGUGUUGAUUGGCUGAAAUCGAGUUCAAAGCUCGACAACGUCCUCGGUCGUCCUGACAAUCGCGUUGCUCAGGCGUUGAAGAGAGCGCAAGGCUUAGAUAAGUCGUUGAAGAGCUUCAUUAUUGCUGUUAACCUUCAAGUCCCUGGGAAGGAUCAUUACAGUGCCGUGUUCUACUUUGCUACUGAGGAUCCGAUUCCUGCUGGCUCGAUUCUUCACCGAUUUAUCAAUGGCGAUGAUUCGUUCAGAAAUCAACGGUUGAAAUUGGUGAAUCGGAUCGUGAAAGGACCGUGGAUCGUCAAGAAAGCGGUAGGAAAUUACAGUGCGUGUUUGUUAGGAAAGGCAUUGACGUGCAAUUACCACAGAGGACCUAACUAUUUGGAGAUUGACGUAGAUAUGGGGAGUUCGACCAUAGCCAAUGCGAUUUUGCAUCUCGCGCUUCGAUACGUCACCAACGUAACAGUAGAUAUGGGAUUUCUGGUGGAGGGACAGACGGAGGAGGAGUUGCCGGAGAGGCUGUUCGGCGCCGUCCGGAUUUGCCAGAUGGAGAUGUCAUCGGCAACUGUAGUGGACGCGCCGACGGUGGCGCGUGGAUUAUCAUGUGCGAAGGUGAAUCAUCACAAACCUGGCGACGACGAUAACUGAUUCGAUUCGAUAAGCGGUAAAAUCUCUGAGUUUUUUCAGUUCAUAGAGCAAUUUUUCUUUCUGCCUCAAAAUGAUAGUUCAUAGUUGGAUUAGAAGCGAUUCUCGGAAUUCCUGAUUGUAGAUAAUAAUCGGUAGACAGAUAAGAAAAUGCUCGAGAUUAUUUCCUAAUUGAAAUUCCCAUGAAAUUGAGUCGGAAUUAUUUUUCUUUCAAAGAUCGCACUGCACAGGGUUUUAGUCCAUAA